UGGAGGGGAGCAAACUCUUUGGAGAAUAACAUUUUACUGCGGCCAUGCCUGAACCUGUCCCAGAACCUGCUAAGAAGGAGGAAAAUGAAGUGCCAGCCCCAGCCCCAGCUCCACCCCCGGAAGAACCAAAUAAAGAGAAGGAAGCCGGAACUGCACCAGCAAAAGAUGAAGAGGAAGCCUCCCCAUCUUUUCUCCUGCCUCCAGGUUUGAGUAGUCGGGCCCUGGAGAGAAAAGACUCAGAAUGGUCUCUUGGAGAAUCACCUGCCACAGAGGAUCAAGACAAGCAGAACGCCAAUUCUCAGCCAUCCAUCCUGUUCGUGGAAAAGCCUCAAACAGGAACAGUGAAAGUUGGUGAAAAUAUCACCUUUAUAGCCAAGGUCAAGGCUGAAGAUCUUCUUAGAAAACCCACUGUCAAAUGGUUUAAAGGGAAAUGGAUGGACCUGGCCAGCAAAGCUGGGAAGCACCUCCAGCUGAAGGAAAACUUCGAAAGGCACUCUCGGAUAUACACAUUCGAGAUGCAGAUCAUCAAGGCCAAAGAGAACUAUGCAGGAAACUACAGAUGUGAGGUCAGCUAUAAGGAUAAGUUUGACAGCUGUUCAUUCGAUCUUGAAGUGCGCGAAUCUACUGGGAGUACUCCAAACAUUGACAUCAGAUCUGCUUUCAAGAGAAGUGGAGAAGGUCAAGAGGAUGCAGGGGAACUUGACUUUAGUGGUCUCCUGAAACGUAGGGAGGUGAAGCAGCAGCAGGAUGAAGAGCCCGAGAUAGACGUGUGGGAGCUGCUGAAAAAUGCGAACCCCAACGAGUACGAGAAGAUCGCCUUCCAGUACGGCAUCACCGACCUGCGCGGGAUGCUCAAGCGGCUCAAGCGCAUGCGCAGGGUGGAGAAGAAGAGCGCAGCUUUUGCAAAAAUUCUUGAUCCUGCAUAUCAGGUUGAUAAAGGAGGCAGGGUAAGGUUUGUUGUGGAAUUGGCAGAUCCAAAGUUGGAGGUGAAAUGGUAUAAAAAUGGUCAAGAAAUUCGACCCAGUACAAAAUACAUCUUUGAACAUAAAGGAUGUGAAAGAAUUAUGUUUAUCAAUAACUGUGGGCUAACAGAUGAUUCGGAGUAUUAUGUGACGGCUGGCGAUGAGAAAUGUUCCACUGAGCUCUUUGUGAGAGAGCCUCCAAUUAUGGUGACCAAGCAGCUGGAAGAUACAAAUGCUUACUGUGGGGAGAGAGUGGAAUUAGAAUGUGAGGUGUCUGAAGAUGAUGCAAAUGUAAAAUGGUUUAAGAAUGGUGAAGAGAUCAUCCCUGGUCCAAAAUCAAGAUACAAAGUUAAAAUUGAGGGCAAAAAACACACUUUGAUCAUAGAAGGAGCAACCAAGGCUGAUAGUGCAGAAUAUUCUGCAAUGACAACAGGAGGACAGUCAUCCGCUAAACUUACUGUUGGCUUGAAGCCUCUGAAGAUAUUGACACCUCUAACUGAUCAGACUGCAAAACUUGGAAAAGAAAUCUGCUUGAAGUGUGAAGUCUCUGAAAACAUUACAGGAAAAUGGACUAAAAAUGGGCUACCUGUUCAGGAGAGUGACCGCGUAAAGGUUGUACACAAAGGAAGAAUCCACAAAUUAGUGAUAGACAAUGCUCUCAUUGAGGAUGAAGGUGAUUAUGUAUUCACACCAGAUGACUACCCUGAGACUUUGUCUGCCAAAGUUCAUGUUAUUGAUCCUCCUAAAAUCAACCUGGAUGGUCUUGAUGCUGACAAUACAGUAACAGUAAUUGCAGGGAACAAGCUUCGUCUUGAGAUUCCCAUCAGUGGAGAACCUCCUCCUAAAGUUAUUUGGAGCCGAGCAGAUAAGGCCAUCAUGGAGGGCAGUGGCCGGAUAAGGGCGGAAUCUUACCCUGACAGCAGCACUCUGGUUAUCGAUGUCGCAGAAAGAGAUGAUUCUGGUGUUUACAACAUAAAUCUGAAAAAUGAAGCUGGAGAAGCACAUGCCAGCAUCAAGAUUAAAGUUGUGGACAUCCCUGAUCCUCCAGUGGCACCGAAUGUGACAGAUGUGGGAGAUGAUUGGUGCAUCAUGAACUGGGAGCCUCCUGCCUAUGAUGGAGGGUCCCCAAUCUUAGGAUACUUUAUUGAGAGGAAAAAGAAGCAAAGCUCCAGGUGGAUGAGGCUGAAUUUUGAGCUCUGCAAAGAAACAACUUUUGAGCCCAAAAAAAUGAUUGAAGGCGUGGCCUACGAGGUCCGUAUCUUUGCCGUCAAUGCCAUCGGCAUCUCCAAGCCCAGUAUGCCCUCCAAGCCAUUCGUUCCUUUGGCUGUAACCAGCCCUCCUACACUUCUGGCUGUUGACAAUGUAACUGACACCACUGUCACAAUGAAGUGGCGGCCCCCAGAUCAGAUCGGUGCCGCAGGGUUAGAUGGCUAUGUGCUAGAGUAUUGCCUUGAAGGAAGUUUAAAAAGUACAUCAGCAAAACAGUCUGAUGAAAAUGGGGAGGCUGCAUAUGAUCUGUCGUCAGCUGAGGACUGGAUAGUUGCAAACACAGAUCUGAUCGACAAGACCAAGUUCACCAUCACGGGUCUGCCCACGGAUGCGAAGAUCUUUGUGCGUGUGAAGGCGGUGAACGCAGCCGGUGCCAGCGAGCCCAAAUACUACUCUCAGCCCAUCCUUGUGAAGGAAAUCAUAGAGCCUCCAAAGAUUCGCAUCCCACGGCACCUGAAGCAAACCUAUAUCCGCAGAGUUGGAGAAGCUGUCAACCUGGUUAUACCUUUCCAGGGAAAACCAAGACCAGAAUUAACUUGGAAGAAGGAUGGUGCCGAAAUUGAUAAAAAUCAAAUCAACAUUCGCAACUCUGAGACUGACACGAUCGUAUUUAUCAGAAAAGCGGAGCGGAGCCACUCAGGGAAAUACGAUCUGGAAGUCAAAGUGGAGAAAUUCGUGGAAAGCGCGUCGAUCGACAUCCAGAUCGUGGACCGUCCGGGUCCACCCCAACUUGUGAAGAUUGAGGAUGUCUGGGGAGAGAAUGUGGCCCUAACAUGGACACCACCAAAGGACGAUGGAAAUGCGGCCAUUACGGGGUACACGAUCCAGAAGGCUGACAAGAAGAGCAUGGAAUGGUUCACUGUCAUUGAGCACUAUCACCGAACCCAUGCCACCAUUACUGAACUGGUCAUAGGCAAUGAAUAUUACUUCCGGGUCUUUGCUGAAAACAUGUGUGGCCUCAGUGAAAAUGCAACAAUGACUAAAGAGAGUGCUGUGAUCGCCAAGGAUGGUAAAGUCUACAAAAAUCCAGUGUAUGAAGACUUUGAUUUCACAGAGGCGCCCAUGUUCACUCAGCCUUUGGUCAACACCUACGCUGUAGCUGGGUACAAUGCCACUCUGAACUGCAGUGUGAGAGGAAAUCCCAAGCCCAAAAUAACCUGGAUGAAAAACAAAGUUGCUAUCGUGGAUGACCCAAGAUACAGGAUGUUCAGCAACCAAGGGGUCUGUACGCUGGAGAUCCGCAAGCCCAGCUCCUAUGACGGAGGCACUUACUGCUGCAAAGCAGUCAAUAACCUUGGGACAGUGGAGGUCGAAUGCAAACUGGAGGUGAAAGGUGGACUUUCCUUCUGCAGGCUCCUCUUGCAAGGUGUACCUCCUAACAUAAUUGAGUCAUAUAUGCGAGAUUUGCACUCAAGCAAUCCUGAGGAAUACUAAGGGCCCGGCCACUGCCCCUGCACUCCACUGCUUUGAAAUAUGGUUGCAAUGAGAAAGCAUUGUCUGUGUUAACACCAGGCACCCAAGUGUGGCCGUUGUUCUUUUUUUUUUUUUUCUUUUUUUUUUUUUUUCGUUCUAAUGUUGAAGAAGAAAAAAAAUGUUUGCACGGAUUGCUUCAUUAAAAAUUGUAAACAAAAUCCCAUUUAAAGUCAGUGUUUUGAUCAUUAUUGUCUAUGCUUUGUCACUGUACUUUACAAAAAAAAGCAAGCUAUACUAUAAGCAAAAGCAGUUACUUUAGUUUAACAGGCUGUAAAUGCUUCUUUUUUCCAGACUAAAAACCAGUCCAAUACAACACGAUAGAAUCUUGAAAACCCAUCUUUCUCUUGAUCUAAGAGAUUUUCUAAGCAAAGCAAAAUUGUGUAUUUCCCACAACCCUGCAUAACACCAGUGGAUCUGUGCCUAUUUCCCCAUUUGAAUUUGCUAGAA